AUGUCGCAAGAGCCACUCUUAGUUGGAGCCGUUACCCUCUCCCCAGAUACGAAUGGAUCAGCUCUCAUACAAGCUACUCAACAAUUCCGCGAUCGGUUGACAGAGACACAAGUUCUCCAGUUCGAGACAGCUACAUACGAAAAGCUCUGCAGGGAGUUGAUUAGGGUCCAACAGGAGCAGGAGCGCCGAAAUGAGAUGAUGAAUCUUGCGCGCAUCAAAUCUUGUAUCGAAGGCUUUUACCAGCUUUGCGAGGUUAUAGCGAGAUUCAUCAAUGUUCCUGAUGCCUUCGUCUUCGUUUGGGGUCCAAUGGAAUUCCUCUUGCUGAAAGCUAGUGCAUCUUCAGACUCAUUCGACUUACUUCUGGAAGCAUACGAGAAGAUCGGCGAACAGCUUCCUUUAUUGGUGGAAUAUGAUUUACAUUUUUCCAGAUCUCCCCAUCUGAUCAACGCUCUAGAGAUGAUCCAUUCAGAAAUACUAGACUUUCAUUUGGAAGCCAUCAAGCUCUUCUCAGGAAGAUCAUGGACUCGAUUCUUCAAGUCAAUGUGGAACGACUUCCACACGAAGUUUGUCGGAAUUCUGAGUUGUCUUCGACGCCACAAAGACAUCAUCGACUGUCGCGCUAGCCUUGCCCAGUACCGUCUUUAUAAAGAAGAUGUGACCGAGCUCCAGGUGAAGUUGGACGAGAAUGUUAAUCGAGAUAAGACCAAGAAGCUGAUGGUCGUCAAAGAAUGGCUAGCUGUUGGGGAGCAAUCUCAGCUCGACCACGAGAGCUUCUGCAAGAUACGAAGAGAGUGCGCAACCACUGCCAGAUGGAUAACACAGCACGAUAUCAUGAAACAUUGGAUACACUCUGAUAUUCCGAACAGCUCUGUUGUGUGGAUGUAUGGGAUACCAGGAGCCGUGCGACGCUCACCAGCAGCAGGCAAAACCAUACUAGCAUCCGCUAUCAUUGAAGAGUGCAAGACUAGACGAGACUUUAUCACCUGCUUCUUCUACUGCCAUGAUGGCGACCCGACAAGUAGCACCGCAGUCGGUAUACUUAAGGGCCUCGAGGACCAAUUGUUGGAUCAUUGCCCGCAGAUGCUGCCUCCCUGUUACACGAGGCGUAGUACGAGCGGAGAGCCGUCCCUCAAGUCUCUCAAUCAGACGAAGGGGCUCUUCGAAGAUUUUUGCUUGACUAUUCCCAAACUCUUUAUCAUCAUUGAUGGGCUGGACGAGUGCGAAAGGGUGGAGAGAAGUCAAGUGCUAGAGAUCUUGACCAAAGUCAUAGGGCAGCGCGAUGUGCUUGAUCCAGGCACCAUUCGCCUUCUGAUCGCGAGUCAAGACCAUGCAGACAUACGAAGAGGACUCCAUAGUUCCGCGAUCACCAAAAUAGCGCCUAAGAUGCUGCAAAUCUCGGAAACGGACAACGAAGGCGACAUCAAGGCUUACACCAAGAUCUGGGUGGAUCGGAUCGAGACAAAGUUUCCAUCAUUCACUCAAGACAUGAAGGAAUACCUCCGCAACCUUACCGUGGCUAACGCAAAAGGUUCGUACAUCACCAGGAUCACGAAAGACGUUCAUGAGCCAUCCAUUGAGUGCGAGUUGGCGACGCUGUGUCUACAAUACCUCACCUUUCCCUGCUUCGAUGUCGAUGACUCGGAUGAUCAAGUGCAACGCCGACGAUAUGUAUUGGACGGAUCGAUUGCCUUUCAAGAUUACGCCACCGCGAAAUGGUUCCACCAUGUCGACGCUUGGGUAGGCCAAGGCGAGAGAUUCCUCGACGAGGCAAACGACGUGGCAGGACAGCUGCAAAGCAUCCUCAAAGCCAUGGAUGAUUUCAUGACGCGCUAUGGCGACGUGGACUGGGCCAACGGCUUGGUGGACGACUGUAAGGCCAAGUGCAGGGUAUUUGAGCAUCUCGACCUCCACGAUCAUCUAGUGGGGCUCACUAGCCACAUCUACACGUUCCAGCAGAAAGGCUUCGAUGCACAACACAAGAUCAGCAUCGGAGACCUCUCGAAAGCGUUGGAUCGGAAUCGAAAGGCUCUCGAGAUGUUUCCCAAGACCAAGCCUAGCCCGACGGCACACGAGAAGGAGACAUACAACAGAUUCUACGACGAGGAAUCGCGGUUCAAAUGCACGAGGAUCACAUGCCGAUAUUUCUCGGAGGGUUUCAAGGACGCCAAGGCUCGCGACCGACAUGUCAACAUCCACGAAAGACCGUUCCAGUGCGAGGUACCAGACUGCCUGGGCGCUGAAGGGUUCGUCAACUCAAGGGAUCUAGAGAGUCACAAACGAACAUUUCAUCCCGAGAUGAGUGAUUUAGCGGAGAAGUUCAUCGCUGAUACAACGAAGCGCGCGGCAACGAAUCACGCCUGCAAGUUUUGCGGAAAAACAUUUUCGCGCAACUUUCAUCGCAAAAAUCAUGAGCUCAGCCAUCGAGGAGAAAGGCCGCACGAAUGCCCGGAGUGCGGUAAGGCAUUCACGAGGUUGAACGAUCUUAAGAGACACCAAAAGAUACAUGACAGAAAGUAA